AUAGUUAUUCUAUGUGGAUUAUGUUUGCCAAACUGACCUUAAAAACGGCUAGGAAUACCACAAAAAUUGGGUCGAUUGGUAGUAUUUGCUUUAAAUAAUUGAUAAGGCGUAAAUGAGGCCAGUUAAGGGAACCAUGUCACCUGUUGUGCCUCCUCCGCAAAUCGGCUACCUGGGCCACGCAAUCACCUGGGAACUGUUGACGGACAAGGAACUCUCGCCAUGGACAACGGACUGACUGAUGCCACGCCCACUGCCGCCGCCUUCCGGCUGAUUCUGCUUAGCAAAUCGAAUCCCGUAAUGGGCUGCUACAUGUUCUGGACCAGUCUGCUGGUGCUCAAGAUGCUCGUUAUGUCGCUACUCACCGGCCGCCAGCGAAUGAAGACCAAGACCUUUGCCAAUCCGGAGGAUUUGCGCCUCAGUCGGAGCCCGGAGGUUCGAUUCGGGGAUCCCAAUGUGGAGCGAGUGCGACGGGCCCACCGUAACGACCUGGAAAACAUUCUGCCCUUUCUUCUGAUGUCGCUGGUGUAUAUAGCCAGCGGACCGAAUCCCCUGACCGCUCGUCUGCUCAUUCGGAUCGGAGCAAGUGCCCGACUGCUGCACACGGUGGUCUACGCCAUCAUCCCGGUUCCGCAACCAGCAAGAAGCCUGGCCUUCUUCACCACCUUCGCCAUCACCUGCUUUGAGGCGGGCUACGUGCUCGUCUGCUGCAUCAAGUACAUUUAGACCACUGCUGACCCCACUUAGCCAACUAACUACUAACUACUCACCC